GUCGAUUUAACGCGGAACCAUAAUUCAGGCUACAGACGGCAGUGGCCACGCCGCCAUCCACCAAACUGCCAGCUCCUCCAAACCACAACCCGCAAAGCGCAGCUUAUCAGCGAAAGCGUGAAGGUUAAAGGAGGGACGGAGGUUUCAUACGGGUAAAGGACCCUCCAUUUAAAACCACACCUGCAAGCACACAGACGGAACGACAGAGCCAUGGUGGAAUACUACCAGAUAUUAGGAGUCCAGAAAAAUGCAACGCAGGAUGAAAUCAAAAAAGCUUACAGAAAAUUGGCAUUAAAAUGGCAUCCAGACAAGAACCCAGACAACAAGGAUGAGGCAGAGAAAAAGUUCAAAAAGCUGUCAGAGGCCUAUGAAGUGCUUUCAGAUGAAAAUAAGAGGCAUGUUUACGACCGAUAUGGCAAAGAAGGCCUUUCAGGAGGAGGAGGCCAUUACGACAACUUUGGCAACUCUGGCUUCACGUUCCGUAAUCCCGAGGACGUUUUCAGGGAAUUCUUUGGUGGGAGAGAUCCAUUUGCAGAUCUUUUUGCCGAUGAUCCCUUUAACGACUUCUUCGGAGGCGGUCGUCAGAGAGGUGCAAGCCGAAGCAGGAUGGGUUUUGGUUUCGGUGGCUUUCCAGGGUUUAGCCAUGGCUUCUCAGGGUUUGAUUCAAGUUUUACCUCAUUUGGAGAGAUGGGUGGAGGAGGCUUCACCUCCUUUAAUUCGUCUUCGUCUUCGUUCGGCGGGGGAGGAGGUGGAGGAGGAGGAGGAGGAGGAGGGAUGGGUAACUUCAAAUCUGUGUCGACCUCUACCAAGUUCGUCAACGGCAGAAAAAUUACCACAAAACGGAUUGUGGAGAACGGCCAGGAGCGGGUAGAAGUGGUAGAGGAUGGUCAGUUAAAAUCUCUUACAGUUAAUGACAUCACAGCCCAAGACCCCUUUGAGGAGGAGUUUCGUCGCCGCAGACUGAACACGCUUCCUGGCCAUGGACUACACCAGCGCUACCUGAGGAACUCUGCUCAAAACCCUUCAGAGGAAGAGGAGGAGCAGUGCCCACAGAGCCUGGGCCUAACGAGAGGUCACAUGGACUCCAAAAGGAAGAAACUGUGGCUUAAGGAGGCAGAGGCCAAAAAGAAGCGAGCGGCUCGGCUCUUCCCUCGGUUCAGUGGACUUGGUGCCUUUUUUUAAACACUUCAUGCACACAUACUUAUUUUUCUUUUCUUUUUUUCUUUUUUGGGCAGAAAUGCCACAGGUUAUAUGUGGUAUUAGUUCUUUUUUGCUAUGUACCAGAGACCUAAGCACUACAGUUACCAACUUACUGUAUCUCGUCGUUUCUGUGAGCUGCACUUCAAAGCAAAUAUCCUUUCUGCUUUUAUCAGCCAAGCAAUAGCCUGCAGAGACCUCACUUUAAUGUUUUGUUUUGUGCAAGAUAUCUGUUAGUGGUUCACCUGUUGUUGUAUUUAUCGUGGAUGAGCCUUGAACUUAAAUUAACCUUUGACAAUUUGACGUUUCUGAUUUUUAGAGCAUGUUUUGUGUGUUCUUUGAUAGAGUUCAGGUGAAAGGAGAAUUACUGUAAAAACAGGCUAAUUUGAUAUAAAUAUGAAAGUUACAGCAAUAAUCCUGUAUGGCAUGGGAGCGUAAGUGGACGUCAAACUAUUCAGUGGACGUUUCCUUCAUAGGAGACAAAGAGGGAUAGGAAUGACAAGGGCAUUUGAGAGUAAAAAAGGCUGAAAGCUUUGGAGAGUGCUACAAAAAGAUCAACAUGUUUAGCUUGCUCCUCUGUGAACCCUCAAUAUCAGUAUCUAAAAGAUAAGAAGUCACUAUCCAUUGAGAUCUCAAUUUUUUUUCCAAUACUGUCUGGAUAAAGUGGUUUCAGCAGUAGCUUUCAUUGCUAUUUUUGUAAAAGAUUUAAAAACAACAUAGUUCCCUAUAUUUGAUUCAGUCUUUAAAGAUUGUUCCCAAGACAAACUGUGAGUGUAAACGUGGAAAUGUCAGAGAAAUGUUCAUUUUUUUUAUGGACUCUUACCAUUAAAUGCUUAAUGGAAAUAUUU